AUGGGGAAGGUGUUUGGGAUCGCCGGAUGUACGAAUGCCGGGAAGACAACACUCUCCAAGAACCUCACGGAUAAGGUUGGUGUGCUUUACCAUAUUGUUUUUACAUCUAAAAUGAUGUCAUUUCCAAUUUUUUCCGCGUAUUAUUUUUAUUGUUUGAUACUUUUCAUGUUUUAGAUCGCGAAUGUAUACGGUUAUGACGUCAUCCACCUUCUCCAAGACGAUUUCUUCCAUGAGAAAGAAAAAGUCGCCCGAAUUCCUCAUUCAACUAACAAGGCCAUCGUUUUUUACGAUUAUGACAGUUGUCAGGCUGUAAGUCAUGUUGUCGCCGAUGAAAAUAUUGCAGUUAGAUAUUAGUCGGAUGAAGAAUGCAGUAAUUGAAGCCCGAGAUCAUCAUGAUUUAGUCAUUCUUGAAGGGAAUUUGCUCACUUUGAUGCCGGAAAUGAUCGAAAUCAUUGAUGAAAUGGUAUUUCUGAGUUUGGAUAAGGCGACUUGUGAGGAUCGAAGGGUACAGCGGACUGAUUAUGACCCACCAGAUCUUCCUGGGUAAUAAAAUCAUUAAAAUAUUACUGUAGAUUUCUAGUUAUUUCGAACAAGUUGUUUGGCCGGCAUAUGAAGAUACCCUAAGGGCAGCACAGAGGAUUGGAGGGAACGUGGAAAUUGUAGAAGGAAAUAGAGAGGAUCUAAUUAACUACGCCUUAAUCAAGGUAUUUCAUCUUGAUUUUCAUUAUUAUAUCAUCCAUUUCCAGGUCUUUGAAUGUUUUAAUAACUUUGUCAGGCUGACGCAUGAGGAAAUAAGUGUUGAGGAAGUGAGUAACAUCAUCUCUUCUGAUCAAAGUGGAGGACAGAGUCUAUUUAUAGGCAAGUUGUUUCUUUUUACUCUAAAAAAUGUAAUUUUAGGUACCACAAGAAAUAAUUUUGAAGACAAAAAAGUUGUGAGUCUGUCUUACGAAGCCUACGAACCCAUGGCCUACCAAGAAUUGUGGUUGAUCUGUAAGGAGACCCGAGCCAGAUUUCCAGAUCUCCAUCGAAUCUGCAUUUAUCAUCUUCUUGGUGACUGUCCCGUAGGUAAGAAGUCGGUCGUCAUUGGAACCAGUUCAUCUCAUCGAAAAGAUGCAAUCCAUGCAACCGAAUUUAUCAUUGACAAUUUGAAAGCAAGGGUUCCUAUUUGGAAAAAGGUAUAUUUUGACCUCGCGCGGCCCCGACUACAAUAUAAUUUUCCAGGAAAUCUAUGA